AUGCGUAGUCGCACUGCGUUUGGUUUUGGAAUUACCGAGGGGACAAUGGCAAGGACAAGCUACUAUAUUCCCCAGCCUACUCUUCAGCGUUUUGUGGGAAUAACAUUGCACAAUCCCAGAGCCAUCAUGAAGAUACCACACAGCAUCAAGACAACUCUAUUUAUUGCACUAGGAAACACCUUCAAGGUUUCAGAUGAAUCCUCAACAAAAGCAAAGACACGAAGGGCAAGUACAAGUACUACAUUCUCCAGAAUAGUCUUCAGAGUUUUGAUGUGUAACAUUCAACAACCCCAGAGUUGUCAAAGAGCAUUCUCAACUAAAGCAAAGACACAGGAUUAA